AUGGAGCCGUACACCUACGAGAGCGAGAAUGGGAUCAAGCUUGUGACGAUUAAGGGCCGCACCUACCGCAAGGCGCCUGUAAGUGCGUUGAAGGAUCGAAGGCGGGGCGAGAGCAGCGCUGGGCAAGAUGGUGCGGGCACCAAGAGGCGCAAGGGUGGCAGGAGGGCCGCUGCUGGAUUGGGGGACGAGGAGGGUGCCGACGACGUGGAGCGCUUGACGGAGGAGCUCUGCGACGCACCCUCUUCCGCCAUCGAUGAGGAGGCGCUCGCGUUGGACAUCAGAAAGGAGGGCGAGCUCUUCACCUAUCGAAUGCAUGUUCCAUCGGCCUUCUUUGGCAACAUCAUUGGCAAGGGCGGGCAGAUGCGGACCCGUCUGCAGACUGAAACCGGUGCCACCAUCGCCGUGCCCAAGCAGGGCAGCACCAGCGAGGACAUCAUCAUCAAGGCGGAGAGGGAGAAGGCCAUCGUGUCGGCGAAGACCAGGAUCGAUGUGCUCGUACAGCAGGCCAAGGACAAAAUGGACUACACCCACUUCCUCUCGAUUCCACUUACGCCUAUCAAGGACAAGGUCAAGCAGUGGCAGGACGAGAUCACACAGAAAUACACCCCAGAAAACACAAGAGGGUUCGAUCCUUCGAUCCUGCUGGCCCCCGAGAAGAUGCACUUGACGGUGCUCAUGCUCAAGCUGUUUUCUGCGCAAGAGAUCAACAAAGCCAAGGAGCUGCUCAAGCAGGCCUCCGCCCAGGUCUAUGAUCUGCUGGGCUCGAGAUCAGAGGUGGUGCGAUUGCAGGGCUUGGACAUCAUGAACGACGACCCUAGCGCUGCGGAUGUGGUGUACAUCAAGGUGCAGGAGGUGGGCGACAAGCGACUCAUACCAGUCUGUGACCACUUGACGAAGCUGUUCUACGAGGCUGGACUUGCCAGCUCGCCAGACCGCGCUCUUAAGCUGCAUGCCACGCUGGUCAACACGCGUUACAGGAGGACGUUAUCAUGGGGAGAGGAGGGUGGCGAUGAUGAAGGUCGCGGUGGACAACGAGGAACCCAGCGACAACCGUUCGACGCCACCGACAUGCUGCGCAAGUACGGCAACAUCGACUUUGGCCAGCACAGGCUCACCGGCAUUCACCUGUCGGAACGCGGUCGGUUCGCGGCCGACACGGGCUUCUAUCACUGUGUGUCUUCCAUCAACUUCCCUUGA